CUGUGAAGAAACCCUCAAUUAAAGAAAAUAGAGUGCAUACAGAUUAAAAUUGCAAUGGCAACUGCAGCAGAAGCCAAAGAUCCUGAGGCUUUUCUCAAAGACCCUCGCUUCUCCCAAACCUUCCAGCUCCCAGCGGAUCCAUCGGAUGAUCAUGGCAGCCUCCAGGUGAAAUACUCCGAUUACGGCUAUCACAACGCCACUGAUGAGAAUGUGCUACUCUUCUUUGCGCCGUUAUGUGCAUCAAGGAUUUUUCACUGUGCGAAGGAUGAGUUAGCCAAGAAGUACCGUGUUCGUAUCGUCGUUAUGGACCGGCCAGGUUUUGGUGGGACAGAUCCCGUCAAGGUGGAAAAGAGGCCUGCCAUGUGUCGAAAAAUGACUUUGGCUCUACUCAAGCACCUUGGAAUCAAGCACGUGUCUCUCGCUUGUCACAGUGGAGGAACCGUCUACGCUUUUGACAUGCUCAUGCAUCACCCAGAGAUUCUCCACCCAGAAAGACCCUACCUCGCCGUCGGAGCACCCUGGAUUCUUCCAUCUCACACACAUCUUAUGUCAAUGUCUGUAACCCAAUCUCUGCCCGCUAGCAUGCUAGCACAAGCAGACAAGUUGAUCGGCUUCGUCAACGGCACACUCGGUCCCGUUGUCGCGACGUCCGCUGGCAUGAGCCAAAUGUUUGGCCUAUCCAAAAAGAAGAAUGUCGAAGGUGGCGCCGAGGAGACCAAGGCCGAUGCUCUCUUCGAAGAAUCCUUGGAACCAUUCUUGUUUAAAUUGGUACACGGAGAAAGUAUUCGUGGUUUUGGUGACGAGUCGGUUUUCUUGAUGCAGAAGACAGAGGGAGUACCAGGAUGGGGAGACUGGCUUGACUAUGAUGAUAUGGUACCGAAGUUGGUGCAGGCGCUGAAGGGAGCUGGCAAGAAAUUGACCGUGGAUGUCUACUACGCUGAAGAGGAUUCUAUGAUUGGAGCGCCGGGGACGGAUGGCCCGAAAUGGUUGGAUAGUUGUUUCAAGGGAAAAGAGGUUGAGCAGGUAAUCAUCUACAGCACGAAGACCAUCGAGGCAGCGGACCAUGACACGAUUUGGAGCAUACGCCGGGGUGUUCCUGUCGAUGUCUUCAAGAAAUUGGCUGGAUCAUCUGCAAAUUAACUUUCCUCUAUGGACUUUUCGUACAGAUAGGCUACCUUCUCAAUCGCUCUACCUUACAACUUCGCCGCAAUGUUAACAUGCACAGCCUUGAUGUUCGAAUAAGCCGCAAGACCAGCCUCUCCCAACUCCCUGCCGAUACCACUCUGCUUGACUCCUCCAAAUGGAAUCCUCCAGUCGCUAUCAUUACUUGAGUUAAUCCAAACCAUACCAGCUUCAAUCCUCUUUGCCACUUGGUGCGCCCUCGUCAAGUUUGUAGUAAACAAAGCACUACCG